GUUUUCAGUAAACAGCCGAGUCAAAACGACCGAAAUAAAAAAAACUUUGAUCAAAAGUUCAUCAAAAACAACAACUGGUCCUGUUGGACAAGGUUGGAGUUGUUAAACGACAGAUUGGAGUCGUUAAUCCAUCACUUUGGACUUGUUAAACAACAGGUUGGACUUGUUAACUGACAGGUUGGACUCGUUAGACUCAUUAAACAACAGGUUGGAAUUGUUAAAUGCAGGUCGAACUCGGUAAUCGACAGGUUGGCCUUGUUAAAUGACAGGCUGGACCUGUUAAACUACAGGUUAGACCAAUUAAACGACAGGUUGGACUUGUUAAAUGGCAAAUUGGACUCGGUAAUCGACAGAUUGAACUUGUUAAAUGACAGGUUGGAAUCAGUAAUCGACAAGUUUGACUUUUUAAAUGACAGGUUAGACUUGGUAAACGACAGGUUGGACUUGUUAAACUACAUGUUGGACUUGUUAAACUACAUGUUGGACUUGGUAAACUCCAUAUUGAAUUUGGUAAAUGACAGGUUGGGCUCAUUAAACGGCAGGUUGGACUUGUUAAAUGACAGGUCGGACUUGGUAAUCGACAGGUUGGACUUGUUAAAUGACAGCUUGGACUUAGUAAUCGACAGGUUGGACUUGGUUAACUGCAUGUUAAAUUUGUUAAAUGACAGGUUGGACUCGUUAAACGGCAGGUUGGACUUGUUAAAUAACAGGUCGGACUUGAUAAUCGACAGGUUGGACUUGUUAAAUGACAGCUUGGACUUGGUAUUCGACAGGUUGGACUUGUUAAACUACAUGUUGGAUUUGUUAAAUGACAGGUUGGACCUGAUAAAUAACAGGUUGGGCUCAUUAAAUGGCAGAUUGGACUUGUUAAAUGGCAGGUUGGACUUGUUAAAUGACAGGUUGGACUCUGUAAUCCACAAGUUAGACUUUUUAAAUGACAUGUUGGACUUGUUAAACUACAUGUUGGACUUGGUAAACUGCAUGUUGAAUUUGUUAAAUGACAGGUUGGGCUCGUUAAACAGCAGGUUAGACUUGUUAAAUGACAGGACGGACUUGGUAAUUGACAGGUUGGACUUGUUAAAUGACAGCUUGGACUCGGUAAUCGACAGGUUGGACUUGUUAAACUACAUGUUUGAUUUGUUAAAUGACAGGUUGGACCUGAUAAAUCAAAGGUUGGGCUCAUUAAACGGCAGGUUGGACUUGUUAAACGACAGGUUGGACUCGGUAAUCGACAGGUUGGACUUGUAUAACUGCAUGUUGGAUUUGUUAAAUGACAGGUUGGACCUAAUAAAUGACAGGUUGAACUUGUUAAAUGACAGGUUGGACCAGGUAAUCAACAGGUUGGGCUUGUUAAAUGGCAGGUCGGACUCUGUAAUUGACAGGUUGGGCUUGUUAAAUGACAGGUUUGACUCUGUAAUUGAUAAGUUGAACUUGGUAAACGGCAGGUUGGACUUGUUAAACUACAUGUUGGACUUGUUAAACUGCAUGUUGAAUUUGUUAAAUGACAGGUUGGGCUCGUUAAACGGCAGGUCGGACUUGUUAAAUGGCAGGUUGGACUUGUUAAACAGCAGGUUGGACUUGUUAAAUGGCAGGUUGGACACAGUAAUCAACAGGUUGAACUUGUUAAAUGACAGGUUGGACUUAGUAAUCGACAGGUCAGACUCGAUAAUUGACAGAUUGGACUUGUUGAAUGACAGUUUGGACUCAGUAAUCGACAGGUUGGACUUGUUAAACUACAUGUUUGACUUAUUAAACUGCAUAUUGGACUUGUUAAAUGGCAGGUCAGACUCAGUAAUCGAACAGGUUAGAUUUUUCCUGCAUGUAUGUUCAGCUGUGCAGCAAAGAAAAGGUUCCUGUGAAACAGGUUAUCAGCAGUGUUGUUCCAAAUGUUGCUCAGAUCUUUUAAACGGGUUGGCCAGAGGAAUAAUCAUAUAACAGCUAAAAACUUGUUUGGGUCCGACUCGAUGUACCCUCCAGCUCUGCUUCAGCCUCAGUGGGUUUGCUGCAUCUGUUAUUGAGAACAAAUCAGAGGUGGCGGAGGUUUGUGCAGCUUAAUGAGGCAUCACUAAUGCAGCUGGAGGUUCUGCUCGCAGCACACUCUGCCUCUUGGUUCUGUCUGCAGGACUCUCCAAAGGCCUGAUCGGGUCUGACUGUUCAGGCCCAUUGUGGUUCUGAGUCACCUUGGGUCAGUGGUUAUUAGCAGCAGCUGAAACUCUGUCAGCAGCUCAGUGAAGAGGGAUUGUGCAUUCCAGCUCUCUGUAAUGUCCGAGUGUGACCCAUUUCUGUAAUGAGGGAUGAGGACCGCUUUAAGUUUUCUGUUGGAGGGACUGGAAGACUUGUAGAGGCCUAAGGAUAUGUCCUGUGGAGUCUGCGGGGCGUGUCCUGUGGAGUCUGCAGGGCGUGACCUGUGGAGUCUGCGGGACGUGUCCUGUGGAGUCUGCAGGGCGUGUCCUGUGGAGUCUGCAGGGCGUGUCCUGUGGA